GACCCGUAUAGCGUGCUGACAUGUUAGUCUUGAAGCUUGAAACUUCUGAUUCUCCCUCACUCCAAAGCUUCUUCUCCUCCGAUCUGAAGAAAAGUACACAAAAACCCUAAUACACACGUUAAUUGCCUUUCUAAUAGCUUGGAAUCCAAUCAUCGCGAUCUCACGCUCGUUUGAUCUACAAGGUUAGAGAAAUGGCGGUUCCUGUGGUGCGGUUCCCGAUCAUCCUCAUAAUAAGAGUGUUGGGCGUGAUGGUCGCCGCUCUGGUGCUGACCUGGAACCUCCAUUACAGAGGAGGCUUGGCUCUUGUCUCCGACAACAAAGAUCUCAUCUUCAACGUCCAUCCUGUUCUGAUGGUGAUCGGGCUACUUCUAUUAAAUGGAGAAGCCAUGCUUGCAUACAAGACAAUUUCAGGAACGAAAAACUCCAGAAAAUUAGUUCAUCUCACAUUACAAUUCCUUGCUUUCUGUUUAAGCGUUAUUGGUGUGUGGGCUGCUAUAAAGUUUCACAACGAUAAGGGGAUUGACAAUUUUUACAGCCUGCAUUCAUGGUUGGGUCUAGCCUGCCUUCUCCUCUUUUGCAUUCAGUGGGCUGCUGGAUUUGCAACCUAUUGGUAUCCAGGUGGCUCAAGAAAUAGCAGAGCAACCCUGCUACCGUGGCAUGUGUUCUUUGGGGUUUAUAUAUAUGCUCUUGCCAUUGCUACAGCUACUACUGGUAUUUUAGAAAAGGCCACAUUUCUUCAAACCAACAAUGUAAUAUCACGCUAUUCCACGGAGGCUUUGCUGGUCAACUCUUUGGGUAUUUUGAUCGUUGUCCUGGGUGGCUUUGUUACUCUUGCAACUGUUACUCCUGCCAAUGGCAUAGUUGAUGCCCACAAAGGACCAACAGAAUAGGCACGAUUUGUAUAUUGUUAUGAUUCACAGGUGACCGAGAGUUGUACUUUUAUUCCAUAUUUAAUUACAGGGUAAGUUCUUGUCACCAAAUGGAUGUUUUGAUCAAGAUUUUAACAAAAUAUCAUUUAUGUUCUAUUUGUUC